UGUUAAGUGCCUGGUAUUCACAGUUUAUUUUUAUCCCUCCAUACAUUCAACAUUAAGUGGGCACUACUAUGUUCCAAGCACUGCCAACAUACAAUAAUCAUACAAGGCAGCAGAUGACAUGAAUAAAUAAACCUAUUACAAUAAGAUUCCUGGCCAGGCAUGGUGGCUCACACCUUUAAUCCUAGCACUCUGGAAGGCUGAGGCUAGUGGAUAGCUUGAACUCAGGAGUUGGAGACCAGCCUGAGCAAGAGCAAGGCCCCUUAUCUACUAAAAAUAGAAAAACUAGCUGGGCUUCGUGGUGGGUGCCUAUAGUCCCAGCUACUUGGGAAACUGAGGCAAGAGAAUUGUUCAAGUCCAAGAGGUUGAAGUUGCUGUGAGCUAUGAUGUCACAUCACUCUACACAGGGUGACAGAAUGAGACUGUCUCAGGCGAAAAAAAAAAAAAAGUUUCUUGCCAAAGCAAUGUUCAAACUACAGCAAUUGCUUAGAGAUUGUCCACUGUUCCCAGGGAUACUAAGCCACUAUCACAGAGAUGAGCUGCUUAUCUUGUUUUUUCCCUUUUGUUAUUGUAUUUUUCAACAAACACAAAAACAGAGAUACUAGUCCAACAAAUCUCCAUGUACACAUUGCCUGGCUUCAAUAAUUAAUAAUUCAUGGCCACUUUUGAUUCAUUUAUAUACCUACCUGCUUCCCCAACCCUUUGUUUUGUUUCAAAGCAAAUCCUAAACAAUUUUUAUCACUGCAUCAAUGAAUACUGAGCUGCAUUUGAAGGAACCAAAAAUGUGUGGAUUAUCCAUUAAUGCACUGCUGCCCCUCUUAUUCUUCUGCCUUGAUGGUUUAUUUUAUUUUAUUUAUAUUUUUGAGACAGAGUCUCAUGUUGCUGUCAGUAGAGUGCCGUGGCAUCACAGCAACCUCAAACUCUUGGGCUUAAGUAAUUCUCUUGCCUCAGCCUCCAAAGUAGCUGGGACUACAGGUGCCGGCCACAAUGACCGGCCAUUUUUGUGUUGUUGUUGUUGCAGUUGUCAUUGUUGUUUUAGCUGGCCCAGGCUGGGUUCAAACCUGCCAGCCUCAGUAUAUGUGGCCGGUGCACUACCCACUAAGCUACAGGCACUGCCCUGGCGGCAGUUUCAUACUAAUUCUAAUGGUGACUCCAAAGCUUUGGCUUUGGGGAAACACCCAGAACUUCAUUGGAGCCUUUGCUUUGGCUGAAAGAAAAGACUGGGCUGAUUCCGUGAAAACUCCAUUCUUCUUUGUCUGUUAUGCUGACCACAUUCUUCUGGCCCUUGGUCCUCAUAAAACAGCUAACUGUUUGGAGGUUUAUUGAGCACCUAAUGUUUGCACAAAAUGACAGUUACAUUCCAUACUCCUAUAUAUCCUCAGCAACCUCCAGAGAAACUUCAGAACAUAUGGGGUUUGCCCUGCCAGCUGGACUGACCCAGAGUUGCUGCCUGUCACAGCUUUGAAGGUCGCUGGGUUGGGAGCCUGGUUGAAUGUAAACAUCUGGCCUCUCCGCCACCCACCCCUUUGGCAUUUCCUGUCUCUCCCAGAAAGGUACCAAAAUCCAUGCAGUUAGUUACUCAAUCCAGAACAUUUAUCCUUGACCACCUCUCCCUCAUAAUGCCGUCGAUUCUUUCCAAGCAGUCCAGUAUUGUUCACCUCUAUCAUCACAUUUUCAUCCAGGACACCAUUCUCUUCUCUCAAGUACUGGAAUAUCUAGGCAUCUAUCUUAACUUUUGCACCCCCAUUCUCAUUCUCCACGAAGUAGAUUAGUGGUCUUUAUAAAAUACCCCGCUUAAAGCCCUUCUAUGGUUCCUAGCACCUAUGGGAUCGAGACUAACCUCCUCGCCACAGCCAAAGGAGGACCUGCAAAAUUUAAGGCCUCCCACCUAUUUCUCCACCUUCAUCUGCUACCUCUCUCCCUAGCCCGCAACCAAAUAUAUUUGCAGGAUCUGUUCACUCGGGUGUUCUCUUGCUUACAGGUGUGUUAACUCAUCCCAGUCCACAACAACAUAAAGUUUUCAUUUUGCAGAGGGAGAAACUGAGGAUGGGCACGCCUUACCCACGGUCAUACGACUAGUAAGUGAAAGAGCUUAGGAUUCAAAUCCGCAGCUCCGGAGUACACGGGCUUAACCACGGAGUCCUAACCUGCCCGUACACUGCUCCACAGCAGCGAUCACCACCCCUGACCAUUCACACCUCGGCCAAGAACCGCGGCUGCUGCUAUCUAGCUGGGACCUGCCAACCGAACGGAAGGAGGCUUCUGAUUGGCCGCCUCCAGUGACGAAAGGUGAGAGGGCGGAGAUUGAGGGCGCGGGGGCGACGCGGGGAAAUGACGCAGCACCGUGACUCCUUAAAGGUGCCGACCCAGCGCGCCGCGGAUGGCGCAGGCGCGUUCCGAGGCUCCAGAGUCUGUUCAGAUAGCUGAGCCCGGCUGGUCCGGCGCGCGCGCGCGGAGUGUGCGGACUGGGCGCGCGGGACGCUCUCAGCUCGAGGAGUCCGGCCCGGAGGCGUGGGGAGCUUGACCCGCCGGCUGAGGAGUGGGUGCCGCCAUGGCCGAGGGCAGCGCCGUGUCAGACCCUCAGCACGCCACGCGCCUGCUGCGAGCGCUCAGCUCUUUCCGCGAGGAAUCCCGCUUCUGCGAUGCUCACCUGGUCCUCGACGGGGAGGAGAUCCCGGUGCAGAAAAACAUCCUGGCGGCGGCCAGCCCGUACAUUAGGACAAAGUUAAACUAUAAUCCUCCAAAAGAUGAUGGAUCAACUUAUAAGAUUGAACUUGAAGGGAUAUCGGUAAUGAUUAUGAGAGAGAUCCUGGAUUACAUCUUCAGUGGGCAGAUCAGGCUAAAUGAAGAUACAAUCCAAGAUGUGGUACAGGCAGCAGACCUGCUUCUGCUGACGGACCUUAAAACCCUGUGCUGUGAGUUUCUGGAGGGCUGCAUUGCUGCUGAGAACUGCAUCGGCAUCCGAGACUUCGCACUGCAUUACUGCCUGCACCACGUCCACUACCUCGCCACAGAGUACUUGGAGACGCAUUUCCGAGAUGUCAGCAGCACUGAAGAAUUCCUAGAACUGAGUCCUCAAAAGCUUAAAGAAGUGAUUUCUUUGGAGAAGUUAAACGUUGGCAAUGAAAAAUACGUAUUUGAAGCAGUAAUUCGAUGGAUAGCACAUGAUACAGAAAUAAGAAAGGUCCACAUGAAGGAUGUUAUGUCAGCUCUGUGGGUCUCAGGGUUGGACUCCAGUUAUUUACGGGAACAGAUGCUGAAUGAACCAUUGGUACGAGAAAUUGUCAAAGAGUGUAGCAAUAUACCACUAAGCCAGCCUCAGCAAGGAGAGGCAAUGCUGGCCAACUUCAAACCCCGGGGCUACUCGGAAUGCAUCGUGACUGUUGGUGGCGAAGAAAGAGUUUCCCGGAAGCCAACAGCAGCAAUGCGGUGCAUGUGCCCUCUCUAUGACCCCAACAGGCAGCUUUGGAUCGAACUGGCCCCAUUGAGCAUGCCGAGAAUCAACCAUGGGGUUCUCUCCGCAGAAGGAUUUUUGUUUGUAUUUGGAGGCCAAGAUGAAAAUAAGCAGACACUGAGCUCGGGAGAAAAGUAUGAUCCAGACGCAAACACGUGGACUGCCUUGCCACCCAUGAACGAGGCAAGACACAACUUCGGGAUUGUGGAGAUAGAUGGAAUGUUGUACAUUUUGGGAGGAGAGGAUGGUGAGAAGGAGCUGAUCUCCAUGGAGUGUUACGAUAUUUAUUCUAAAACCUGGACAAAGCAACCUGAUUUGACCAUGGUUAGAAAGAUUGGCUGCUAUGCAGCUAUGAAGAAGAAAAUCUACGCCAUGGGUGGGGGAUCAUACGGAAAGCUCUUUGAGUCAGUGGAGUGUUAUGACCCAAGGACCCAGCAGUGGACUGCUAUCUGCCCACUGAAAGAGAGGAGAUUUGGAGCAGUGGCGUGUGGAGUUGCCAUGGAACUAUACGUGUUUGGGGGAGUCAGAAGUCGUGAGGACAUGCAGGGUAACGAGAUGGUAACCUGCAAGUCAGAGUUCUACCAUGAUGAAUUUAAAAGGUGGAUUUAUCUUAAUGACCAGACUUUAUGCAUCCCCGCCAGUUCUUCUUUUGUCUAUGGAGCUGUACCGAUAGGAGCCAGUAUUUAUGUUAUUGGAGAUCUUGAUACAGGUACCAAUUACGACUAUGUGCGUGAGUUUAAAAGAAGCACAGGAACCUGGCACCACACUAAACCGCUCCUUCCAUCUGACCUUCGCCGCACGGGAUGUGCAGCCUUACGUAUUGCAAAUUGCAAGCUUUUCCGCCUGCAGCUUCAGCAAGGCUUAUUCCGAAUUCGUGUUCAUUCACCUUGAAGAGGAAGCAGGGCAGGGAGCGAGGUCUUGAUGCAGGAGCACCUAACCUAGCUUCCCGUAAGGAAGAGCAGAGCUGGCAGCUGGAACUUACUCUGUGUGCUGGGCUGUGGGAGGGUCACUCUUUGGUGGUUUUGUGAUGCUUACGAGCUUGAGCUUCAGCUCCUCUUUGUGGGAACACAUAACUAUUGACAAACUACCUGGGAGGAAUCAGUUCCUCCAGUUAGAUGUGUCUGUCUGUGCACAAUGGAGGCUAUCAAUAGGAAAAGGGAGCGGGAAUUGGUAUCAUGUAAAAUAUUGAAGUUAAAACAUUAAGGUGCAUUUUCCCUAAAGGGAACUCGUGUCUGACUGACUGCUGUGUUCAAAUAUGUGGCUUUGGUAAACAAAGAAAAAAUUCCAUAUAUGCAAGUCAACAUAUCCAAACAUGCCAAGAUUGCUUUUCUACUGCACUCGGAAGGGUAUAUCAUGCCUAACCCUGUCUGACAAAGUAAGAUUUGUGCCUAAAAUCUUAGAUUGGACUAUAUGCCAGUUAGUCUCCAUUUAUUACUAAUACUGUGUCCUAAGACUGUUUUUAAAACUAUUACAUGAUGAAAUGAAGAUAACAUUUCUCUUUUCUAAUAUUCUAUCUUGGUAAUGUAAAGUUUCAGUAAACUGAUGUGUCAGGUUGCAGCCCUCAUGUGAAUUGAAGGGAGUUGCCAACUUCUUUGUUACUUUAAAUUGUGACAUGUCAUGCCAUCAUUUCCAGGGUAGCACUUUGGAGUUGUGAAGAGUCUCAUGCAGUGCCAUUCUUCCUUUUCAGUUGAUCAGAAUCGUUUUAUAAGUAAGAGGAUAUUAGUGAGUAGGAGAUUAUAUAAAAGAAAGACCUGAGUCAGACAAAUAAUGUAGGUCUGCUAUCACUUAAAAAAAAAACUGUCCAGACAAAAAUGUAUAGGGAUCAAAAACUUCUUAAUCUGUCUGAAAGCACACUAAGUCUUGUUUACUACUGUUUAGGAUUUAAAAACUUGUCUUAGAAUGAGAGUCAGUGUUAAGGAUCUAGUGUUCGUAAUAGAAUUUUCCCAGUGCUGUUCACUAGUAAGUUUUAGGCAAAUUAUGUUACGAGUAAAGUUUGGCUGGUAGAAUAAACUACCUCAACUUAAUUUUAUUCUGUUCAUAGAAGAGCAAAUGGGUCUUUUCCUUUUUCCCCUCCUUUCCUCUCACUCCCACCUCAACCCACUCUGCCCUACUUCUCAACGGGAGAAAAAAGUCUUUUAGUAGUGGAAUUUAUCUUGUAAAAUAUUUUGUUUUCCACUCAAAUUAUACGACAAUCGUGUGAAGUCGGGGAUUUCAAAAUGCUUGAUUACUUCCUAAUUUGAAUUUUAUGCAAUAUCAAAUUUCUAAUUCAGUUAGUAUGGAGUACUGCAUUUUUAAUUGUUUUCUACAGCUUUUUUUCCUCUGUGAAUAUGGCUACAAGAGGCAGAAUUUUGUUUUUAUGAUUAAUAAAUGUAUAAAUGUAUCCUUCCUUGAGAACAGGAACUCCUUCUAGAAACUUACAUGCAUAGGAAACAUCGCUUAUGUUCUCCCACCCGUGGACAUGGGAAAGGAUGACGUCCUAUCUGCAGUUUUCCCUGUACCUCUGGAAGCCAGUGCAGUGCUACAGACAUUGGUAAAAGAGGCUGUGCCGGGGGUAGGGGGUGGGCGGAGUUCUAAAGAAUAUUGUGUGUGCCACAUUAACUCUCCAUACUGGCCAAGAGAUGUUUGGUAAGAGAAAGCUUAAAGUUUUUAAAAUUAUAUACUAGAGGCAAUAGGCCAAAUGUGCCUGCCACAUGGGACAUGUAAUUCAAUCAAAUUUGAUAUGUUCAUCAAAGCUAGGCUUAGAGUUUGUUGUAUACCAGUCAGCCAUGGUGUGUACAUUUUCCCAGUGAUACUUUGGGUAUCUUUUAGUCAAAGCAAGCUAUGUGGCCUCUGCAAAGAGAGAUUUUACUUUUUACAACUAGAUACUAUUUUUAGAGGAAACAAAUUACUGAAAAUUGUGUCUAAGGAAGCGUCCUGUACAGCAGUGGUCCCCAAUCUUUUUGGCAUUUGGGACGGGUUUCAUAGAAGACAAUUUUCGUGGGUUGGGGAAGGGCUGGGAUCUGACAGGAGGCAGCGCUCAGGCGGUGAUGGGAGUGAUGGGGAGCACCUGGACGAGCGGCUGUAAAUACAGACGCAGCAUCACGGGCUUGCUCCCCACGCUGUGCAGCCCGGUUCCUAAGAGGCCACAGACUGGUAGGUACGAGCCCUUGGCCUGGGGGGUAAGGACUGCAGCUGUACAGGAUAGAGCCUCUGCGUUCAGCAGCUACCACUGGGGACAGUAGAAACUGACCUCCUGUGAAAGCCAUGAUAGUCAGCAAUUCUCUUUUUUAAAUUUAUGACAUUUAAAUUUUUUUCCAGUUUUUGUCAGACCUCUCCAAGGAGACAGUUAUUUGGGAAUGAAUGGGUUCCUAUUAAAAUAUUAUCAGUACCUGCAUGACUCAGUAAAUUCAUUUUAUAAAAAAAAUUUUUUAAUUAAUUUCAUUGACACUGUAGCUAAAAAAAUUAGAUAAUGUUUUAUAAAAUAAAUUUGCCACAUAAUAUAGGAUGCAAUAAUCAACAAAAGCUGCUAAGUGCCAAACUGUUAUUUUACUUUAUAUAAAUAUGAAAUAUUGUGUUGAAGCAUAGGGAUGUAAUUAAUUUUCUUAUGUUCCAAAAUUAUAACUUUUUUGUAAAUUACAGUUACUUCAGUAUUGUGAAAUAAAUUUUAACUCCUUUCAUGCAGGUUUGUGUUUUACCAUUCAUUCCGCUUAUGCUCUGAAACAUCAUUUCUUGGGAAUUUUUUGUAACUUCUUUGUAAGGCACUUAUAGCAGGUGGAUGUUGAGUUGAUGGCUCAGGAUAGGUCUUAAAAUUUUUAAAUACAAAUGUAUCUGUGGGGGAAGUGCAAUUUAUUUUUGGAAGGAAAAUUGUCUCAGGUUAGAGUAAGUGAAUAUUUACAGGAUUCCUUUUAGGCUACAGUCAAAAACAAGUUUGUUUGUUUGUUUCUUUGUUUAAUACAUCCAAAUAUAGAUUUUUCAAAGAUCUAAGUAUUGAAAUUAAAAUGAAGUAGAGUUUUUGUUUUUGAUAGUGCUUAUAUCUGUGAGAAGGAAAAGCAUGAGAGAGGAGUGUAUGUGUAUGUGUGUGUGUGUGCAUACGUGUGUGCACGUGUGUGGUGUGACUGGUGCGUGUGCUCACGUGUGUCGGGGUUGUAGUUUUACACUACACGUAUUACUGUCUCCUGGUGCUUCAGAUAAAUUCUUGAGCCUGUUGACCUUCUGUUUAUACUACUGUGUUAAACUCAUAUUGAGUGUAAAUAUUGAAAUAUUUGUAAUUUAUAAUGAGUUUUACUUGGUGUUUGCAUUUCUCCUCAUUAGCAGUGUUAAAAGCAGUGUUUACCAACUCAUAGCUGGUAUGCUGUAAUGAUCUGGCCUAAGAAAUUCCUGAAUUCAUUGAGUAUUUCGUUGCUGUGAGGAGUCGAUAGCUAACAGUAGGCUUUUUUCCAAACUGUAACUAGUGAAAAAGCAUAUUUGGAGGGUUUGUCAGGUGGUGGAUUGUUUGUAAGGAAGUGUUCUGUUAUAUUGCACUACCACUUUAAUGAUGAUACUUCCUUCAUUGAUGGGUUGGAAGUAUCCUUUUUAUAAUUUAUAAGUAGGGGGUUUCCCUAGGCCGUGCACAGGAAACACAUUCUUUGUGCUGACGUGGUACAGACAGAAUGGUCCCUGCCUCCCACCUGAGCUCCCCCUGGGAAGUGAGGUAGGUUUCCAGAGAAGCAGCUUAGUGUCCUUGGUGCAUUAGGGCGCCCUUUGGUAUGUUCAGUGUACCAAACCUGGGAGUCUAAAACGUCCACCAGGGUGUGCUGGAAACACAGCAGCUUUACCUUCCACAAUGUUGACUUUCUGUAAAGAGGCCUCCUGUGGUCAGAUGAAGACACUUGAUUAUUUGGGGGAAGACUGAGGUGGCACUUUCACUGUAUCGACUUAAAGAUGCUGGACCACCCCCUCCUCCGAAAAACACACAGAAGGAACACCGUGGAGGCCUGAGAAGCCAGUGAGACGAGAUGGGCCAAUGUAGCCAAGCUGCCCCAGAUGGCCAACACAGGUUUCCAGACCACCUACUGGGAAUUGUGCCUGUGGUUCCCAGAGCCUGACGAUGAGGCAGGUAUCAGUGGUGGAAUAGGCAGGUGGCCUGUCUUUGUCACCUGCCAGUCUCACUGCUCACACACAGAGGGUACUCAGGAGAAGUUUGGCAAUAUUUGGUCCUUGUGAUCAAAUGAAUGUUCUUCACUGGAUUGAAAAGUACUUUCUCAGAGUGACCAUUUUGUUGGAUUUUAAAUGAGUGGCUCUGUGCACAGGUGGGCUGGCCCCCCGUGGGGCGUGGGACACUCGCACAGAAUAAAAAUGCCAAGUGCCUGAUCUCUAAGACGCACAAGCCCGUGGUCUCCAUGUGUCCAGUAGGAUCUUCGAGACCCUGUACUCAGCACACGUAAUAAUGUUAAUGUUUGUCAUGUUUAAUGUGGGUUUAUUUAUUGCUUUUUAUAUGGGGCUCAGAAAUCUUUUCUAGGACAUAAUGCUUUGAUCCUCACCUUCAUGGGACAGGUGAGGCGCUUUCCGACUUCAUUCCUCACUUGAGAUGUGAGUCGGAGCUGAAAGCAGCAGCCAGAACUUCAGGUUUUCAAUUCACCAGUCAGCCUUCUAGACCAUAACUUGAAGUAAGAGUUUUGUUUGAAAGGGAAGCUCUUUUUACUUUCAAAGAGCUCAAGCUCCAUUUAUACUUCCCAUGUAAUCAGUAAGGGAGAAGAAUCUGUGUCUUAGAUAUUGAAGAAGGUAUUUUGCUGGCUUUUUAAUAAUGCCUGCAAUUAUUUAGAAUUAGCUGAUUUAGAAAUUAAAUUCAUGGUGUAAGGAUGAGAAAUGCCCACUUGCCCAUAUUUGAGAAAACCGUGAACUUGGGUUGAAUAUGUCCCACCUGCUGACAGUUAAGUCUCGAUAGUGUUGAACGUAUAUGAAGAAUAUAGACGCGUCUGUAUGCACGGGGGGCCAGCCCACCUGUGCACAGAGCCAUUCAUUUAAAAUCCAGCAAAAUGGUCACUCUGGGAAAGUAUAUUCUGUCAGCUGGUACAGUUUUCUAAGGUUUUGUAUUUUUCAGAAGUACUUCCAGUGUUUCAAUCUUAAACAUAUCUCAACAAUGUAUUGUGAUAGUUUCCUUUAUAUGACAUAUGAUGGAUACUUCCAAAGUUUUCAGUCUAAUUCAUACAGUUGAGGAAACUUUGUUCUUUUUCAGUUCUAUCAGUGAUUGGAAUUUUAAACUCCUUCCCUUUCUGAAGAAAUCAAAUAUCUAAUAGUCAGGAAUGUCUGUUGCCCUCUCUUUUUUAUUUUGAGAUUAAAAAGUAAUCUUUUUCACUUGCCAUUCAACUGCAGUCUGGCCCAGUCAUAAAUUUUGAUGUUGAUGUGCUUCUGGCUCAACAGAGCAAACUGUAAGACAUCGACAUCAACAGCCGCUGCCCCAGAUGAAGUGAAGUUUAGCCAGUUAAUAGGAGCCAUGGAAAUAAGUGGCCAUUUCACAUAAUUCAAUUCCCAAGUAUGAAUUGGUUCAUCUUAACUUCUGAUGGGUGAAUUACAUUUAUUAGUACCUUAGUUUUAGCAUUUCAAUACAAAUAGUAGGCUUACGUGCCUUAUUUUUAUUGUUUUUACUUAUCAGUUACAAAUAAGGUAUACCUUGGAGGCUUAGGUUAAAUUUCUUCCAGUUUUACCCAAGAAGUUGGAUUAAAUACAACUAUAGUAACUUGUGUUAUCAUGUUUCCUGUUUAAUUGCAUGAGAAGUACAUGCAUUUAUUCCCGUGUUCUUUGUGUUUAUAGGAAAAACUGUUCUCAGCUACCUCACUCUGGAGUGUUGUGCUUGACCCCCUGCCAGCUAGAAGAAUUCAACACAUUCUAUUCUUUAACAGAAAGCCUGGAAGCAGGCGGCAAGCGGCCUUGAGGAAUACAAUUCUCUAAGGCCUGUUUUCCGGUUUACUACUUCUUUAAAAAUAGGCACUUUUAAUCAGGAGGAACAAUAAUUCUCCUAGAGCUGCUGCAAAGUGAUUACUUGAAACUGAACUUGAACUUUAAAGCGUCUUUAAAAGGCUAUGUUUUCUUAAGGCAGAAAAGUAGUAUAAUUAAACACCACUGCUGUGUAAAAUAGAGGGCUUGGUUUCUAUCCUUGUUAGAUUAGACAGGAAAAUGUGUCCAUCUGUAAUGUGACUCCGCGUUUGGAAUUUAGAUGCUUCAGGCUACUAUUUUUUCAUUUUCUAUAAGGUGCUAUUGUUUCCCCAGAAUCUUUUGUUUUGGUGAAAAUCUCUCCUUGUUCCCAGUUUCCUCUUCUCGUUAGUUCUGGUGACCUGAGUCCUUAGAAGUGAGCAUGGGAAGUGCUUCCAGGUGUGGAGCUGAAAUCAUGGGUCAUCGCAGGUGACCCAGCCACCCUGCCUUUAUCUAUGACUGAGGUUUAAUUUUAUGCUAGUGCUUUUUGGAAUAAAGCAGUUGGUCCUGACAGUGGAUUGGCAAAGCCUCUCUUCCAGGGACAACAUAUUAGCACCUUGUAGAGGUCGUAGCAGGAGACUAGGCAGUUCCUGGAAGUGGUUUCCAUGAGAACUGAAGGUUACCCCUUUAACUUAAACCCCAAAUAUUCUUGUUCUAUUAGUUUUGAGGCUAUCAUCUGUAAAUAUUUUUUAUAUUUUUCCUAAGUGAACCCAGUGGUUGAGAACACAGGCUUUGCUGUCAGGAGAAUCUGGUUGAAGAUUCUGCCACUUCCUGCUCUGUGAAUUUUCAGACCUCUAAACCCUGAGGCUCAGGCCCUUCCCAGAAGAACCGAGGGGCUAUGAGGACCUGAUGGGAUAGUACCUUACACGUGGUGGGGCUGGGGCUGGGGCUGCCUGCUGAGUAUCCCUCCCUGGCCUUCAGUCUGCAGCCACACAGUAUGCAGGUACUAUGUCGGUGAAAGUAUUUGUUUUCUGUAUUCAAGAUAAUUCUAGGUAGCCGAAACAUCCCAAAGUAUGUGUUUGGAAUAUGUGGAGUUGUUAUAAGUAACAACUUAUAACAGUUGUUAUAAGGAGUUGUUAUAAGUAACUCUAUUCAGAACUUCGCAGUGAAGUUCUCUAAUACUGUAAACACUUUACCAAAGUUGAAUUUUUCUUUUGUUUUGCUAAAAUAGCAAAGAUAAUAGUAGUCUAUAUUGGUUAAAUAAACUAGAAACUAGGUAUUUUCUACGUCUCUAUUUGAGAUCAGGAGACCUACACUAUGCUUUCUUAACUUGGAUGUUACUGAAACUUAAAAGCAAACAAACAAAUUUGUGUUAGAAGUAGUUGUAUGUGUGUCCGUGCGUGUGCGUGUGCGUGUGUGUUUAAAGAACCUUUUUACUUUCAAAUGAAGAAGAUUAAAAAGUGAACUACUCAAUCCUUCUAUAACAUGACUUCUUUCCAUUUGGAGGUAGCAGUAUGUGAUGUGCCCAGUUUGUCUGGAUUGCGUUAAGUCAUUUGGUAAAGUCAUUCUUGAUGUCUCUGUGAGUUAGAAAAGGAAGCAGUGCCAGGCUGUAACAGAGGACUUAGAAACAGGGUGCGUGAUCCAGCCCAGUGGUGCUGGCAGGAAUGGAUCUGCGUCACUUGGGAGUGAGGUUCUCCCAACAGCCUCCUGUUGAACCCUUUUGAAUAACUUGUAUAAAAACACAGCAAGCAGAGAAACGUGCCUGCCAGGGUUGUGUCAGAUGAUAGGGUCUGUAAUGCUUUUCACAGUCUAAUGGCAGAAUGGAAAGUCUUAUGUUUAGGUUCAAAAAAGACACAAAAGGGGGCGGCGCCUGUGGCUCAGUGAGUAGGGCACCGGCCCCAUAUAUCGAGGGUGGUGGGUUCAAACCUGGCCCCAGCCAAACUGCAACAAAAAAUAGCCAGGCAUUGUGGUGGGCACCUGUAGUCCCAGCUACUCGGGAGGCUGAGGCAGGAGAAUCGCUUAAGCCCAGGAGUUGGAGGUUGCUGUGAGCUGUGAUGGCACAGCACUCUACCAAGGGCAGCAAAGUGAAACUCUGUCUCUAAAAAAAAAAAAAAAGAUACAAAAGGAAAAGGUGAGGUGGGGGUGUAUUGGAAACCCGAGUGUGAGCUGGCUGUGGGGCCUGGGCCCUGUCUGCACAUGAGGCUGGUGUCCAGAGAAAGGCUCUCUUCUCCCCUGGCCUGUGUGCUGCUGGGGACUGGCUGCUGCACCUCUGCCUUGAGCUGCCAGGUACUCAGUUGGAGAGGCCUGAGUGGGCCAGGAGGCUGUCAAAGGCUGACAGUGCGGUGGGGGCGAUGGUCGGACAGACUAUCCCGAACCCAGUGGAUGUGUGUGCUACCCGGAGCCUGGCUCAGGCCAGUGAACAGAAAUUAUAGCAACACGAUUUUUAAAAGUCAUUUCUACAACUUUGGAAGAGACCUGCCUUGUGACAUAGUGGGUACCUUUUGAGCACUGAGUACUCCUCUGAGCUUCUCACAGGUGUGGCUCCUUUCAAAUCAGGUUCUGUGAAAAACAUUUAAUGCAAAAGGAAUAACAAUGAUGUUUGUACUUGAGUUUUUAGCUCGUUUUCGAGAUGAAGAGUCUAUUCCUUCUAUAGCCUGUUCUUCCCUCUGUCCUCUCUGCCCGUCACCAGGUGAGUCUCUCAGCUGUGGCCAGCGCUACAGCCCCUCCACCACCUGCACCUGGGCGUUUUGAUUCUAGUAGGACUUUCAGAAAUAUUCCUGUUUCCAAACAUUGUCCUAAAACCAUACAGUCAACUAGAAGAGGGCUUCCUGCUGUCGAUGAGUGUUUUAAAUUCCUUAGUGUCUGUGCAGACGUAAGAAAGCUGAUGAGCACAAAUCGAGUUCUUCCCAGCAGGGCCUCGCUGGGCCUGUCCUAGGCCUGACCCCUCAGAGGGUCCCGUGUAGGGGAGCUGGGGGCUGGCCUCCUCCAGCCCUGCCCACACCGAGGGAUUGGCAGCCUUGCCGAUGGUCCUGCCAUCUUCCUCUGAGUUGAGUUUCCAAGAUCUGACUCUUCUCAGGGUUUUGUCAGGUCCUCAUCGCAGGUGAAAGUCCCCUGCGUUUUAUUCUCUGCUCUGGAGCCAGCCUCCUGCUCUGUAUGCCUCUUGCCGACCACCCCCAGCCUCACCUUCUAAUGCCUGCCCGGAAGUAGGGGAAAAUGAGCGAUCACCAUGGUAACAGAUCAGAUGAGCAGCCACUCAGCCUCCAGCGACAGCCCUGUGUCUUCUCCCUGUUUCUGAAGUCAGCUUCACCUACUGAUGACCUUUGACCUAGUGUUGGCUUUUGUCUGGUGCCGCUAGAUGGGAUCUCUGAGGAAGCGGGUCCUUGGCGAGGUAGGCAUGUCUUUCUCUGCCAGCUCUGAGACGUCCAUCAGGAGGAAGUGUGUUCUGGCCGUGUUUUAGGCAUUCUCUUAUUUAUAUACUUUCCUUCCCACCUACCGUCUCUUCUCAUCGAGCCCUUACUUUUCCCCACCUAUUUUUUUAACUGCUUAAAUUAUGUGUCCCCAAAAAAUAAUAAUAAAUAAAGGUAGGAGGAUAGCCCUUCUAGUUCCCCAAACUACCGAGUAUCUGUCAUUCUUCUGGGAGCCCCAACCAGGCCUUACUAGAGAGCCAGACCUGUCACCUAGGCCCAGCAGCUCCCGGGUCAGUGCUUGGGAGGCCCCUUGGGCAACUGUCACCAGAACAGGUACCUUGCAGGCCUGCCCCGGGGCCACAGCACUACCUCACACCCAGCUCCGCACUGUGCUGGAGCCCCACAGCCAUCUGCAGAGUCACCACAGGAGGUCUCUUCCUGGGUUCUCUUCUGGACCAUUCUCCCUAGCACUUGUUAGAGCAGAUGGAGGCCUUGUUUCCUCUCCUAUUUAGUGCUGACACGGCGCUCCAGAUUGUGAUAGGAAAUCAGAACUGCUUAUUUACAUUAAGAGACCACCUCAUUUUAUUCUUCAAGAGGAAUUUUUGCUUCAAACAAAACUUGAGAAAAUAAACUUAUUAAUAGCAAUCUAGCAUAUGAUCAUUGAAUUUGACUCUUAUGUUUGUAAAAGCAAAAAAUCCUAUAGGAUCCUGGCACACAGGGCCAAAGGGUGCUGUCAGCUUAAAAACAAUCAAGACAUAGACCUUUAAUUUAGAAAGUGGUGCCCGUAGCUCAGUCGGCAGGGACGCUGGCCACAUACACCUAGGGUGGCGGGUUCAAACGCAGCCCGGGUCUACUAAGCAAAAUGACAACUGCAACCAAAAAAAAAAAAUAGCCAGGCGUUGUGGCAGGCACCUGUAGUCCCAGCUACUUUGGGAGGCAAGAGAAUCACUUAAGCCCAAGAGUUGGAGGUUGCUGUGAGCUAAGAUGCCAUGGCACUAUCCAGGGCAACAGCUUGAGACUCUGUCUUAAAAAAAAUUUUUUUUAGGUAGGUUGCAACUUCCUUCCCCUAUAAGGUACCUCAAAAUUUAAAUUCUACAUGAAGACAGACAAUCUGAUUUCCUUGGAGGAAUAAUGUUUUGCUGGGAGACAUAUCAAGUGGCCGUUAGUUGAAAAAGCACCGGCUCUUUAGCAAAACAUGCUUAAUUAAAUAAAUUAAUGGCUUUUUCUGCCCAUAGGGUUCUUUUCAUUUUGAACUCAUUUGUAGCACAGCUUUUGUUUGGUUCCUCACUCCUACAUCCAUUCUGGUCACCAGUGACACAGUGAUACUCUUUUUGUUUAGUGUCGUACCAUUUCUGAAUUGUGACAACCAUUAAAAAAAAAAUGUGUCUUCAGCAGAAAUGUUGAACCACUGUUGCUGCCAGUUCUGUGCAGGCAUCAGCAGUUGAGCAAUCAGUAGAUUUAACAAAAGCACCACCCAUUUAACAAAAGCACCUCACCACUCACCCACCCUCAUGCAUUCCCCUCCUGCUCCGUAGCAGGCCCUGCAUUCCGUCUCUGUGGGCCGCUGGUAACAAAGAUGUUUGUACCUACUUGUGAAUGAGGUCCACCCAUAACACAUCACAACUUGUAAAUUCAUCUGUUUCUUUUUUUUUUAAUAAAUUAUUUUUUUUAUUGUUAAAUCAUAGCUGUGUACAUUAGUGCAAUCAAUGGGUACAAUGUGCUGAUUUCAUAUACAAUCUGAAAUAUUCUCAUCAAACUGUUCAACGUAGCCUUCAUGGCAUUUUCUUAGUUAUUGUAUGUAGGCAUUUGUAUUCUGCAUUUAGUAAGUUUCCCCGUACCUAUUCUAAGAUGCACCAUAGGUGUGACCCCACCCAUUACCCUUCCUCCACCAUAACCUCCCCCUCCCUUCCCCUUCCUUGGCCCUUUCCCCAUAGUCUUGUGCUAUAGUUGGGUUAUAGCCUUCAUGUGAAAGCUUUAAUUUAGCUUCCAUUCCUGAGAUACUUUGCUAAGAAGAAUAUGUUCCAGCUCCAUCUAUGUAAACGUGAAAGAGGUAAAGUCUCCAUCUUUCUUUAAGGCUGCAUAAUAUUCCAUGGUAUACAUGUACCACAAUUUGCUAGUCCAUUCAUGGGUCGAUGGGCACUUGGGCUUCUUUCAUGACUUAGCAAUUAUGAAUUGGACCACAAUAAACAUUCUGGUACAGAUGUCUUUGUUAUAUUGUGACUUUUGGUCUUCUGGGUAUAAACCUAGUAAAGGAAUUAUAGGAUCGAAUGGCAGGUCUAUUUUUAGGUCUCUAAGUAUUCUCCAAACGUCCUUCCAGAAGGAACGUAUUAGUGUGCAUUCCCACCAGCAGCGUAGAAGUGUGCCCUUUCCUCCACAUCCACGCCAACAUCUCUGGUUUUGGGAUUUUGUUAUGUGGGCUACUCUUACUGGGGUUAGGUGAUACCUCAAAGUAGUUUUGAUUUGCAUUUCUCUGAUGAUUAAGGAUGAUGAGCUUUUUUUCAUGUGUUUGUAGAUCGUGCGUCUGUCUUCUUUAGAGAAGUUUCUCUUCAAGUCCCUUGCCCGCCCUGAGAUGGGGUCACGUGUUCUUUCCUUGCUAAUACGUUUGAGUUCUCUGUGGAUUCUGGUUAUUAGACCUUUAUCGGAGGUAUAACAUGCAAAUUUUUUCUCCCAUUCUGAGGGCUGUCUGCUUGCUUUACUUACUAUGUUCUUGGCUGUGCAGAAGCUUUUUAGUUUGAUCAGGUCCCAGUAGUGUAUUUUUGAUACUGCUUUGAUUGCCUGGGGGAGUCCUCCUCAUAAAAUAUUCACCCAGGCCAAUUCCUUCAAGAGUUUUCCCUGCACUUUCUUCAAGUAUUUUUAUAGUUUCAUGUCUUAAGCUUAAAUCUUUUAUCCAGUGAGAGUCUAUCUUAGUUAAUGGUGAAAGGUGUGGGUCCAGUUUCAAUCUUCUACAGGUUGCCAGCCAGUUUACCCAGCACCAUGUGUUAAAUAGGGAAUCUUUUCCCCACUGAAUGUUUUUAAUUGGCUUGUCAAAGAUCAAAUAACGGUAGGUAGCUGGAUUCAUCUCUUGGUUCUCUAUUCUGUUCCAGACAUCUACUUCUCUGUUUUUGUGCCAGUACCAUGCUGUUUUGCUCACUAUCGAUUUAUAGUACAGUUUCAGGUCUGGUAGCGUGAUUCCUCCUGCUGUGUUUUUAUUGCUGAGUAAUGUUUUGGCUAUUUGAGGUUUUUUCUGAUUCCAUAUAAAAGGAAGUAUUUUUUUCAAGAUCUUUAAAAUAUGACAAUGGAGCUUUAAUGGGAAUUGCAUUAAAAUUAUAUAUUGCUUUGGGUAAUAUAGACAUUUUAACAAUGUUGAUUCUUCCCAGCCAUGAGCAUGGUAUGUUUUUCCAUUUGUUAACAUCUUCAGCUAUUUCUUAAAGUUUCAUAGUUCUCUUUGUAGAGAUCUUUCAUGUCCUUUGUUAGGUAUACUCCCAAAUAUUUCAUCUUCUUUUGCACUACUGUGAAAGGAAUAGAGUCCUUCACUGUUUUUUCGGCUUGGUUAUUCUUAACUCAUCUGUGUCUUGUCACUGGCGUAGGUCUUCCACUAUGAGAGAAAAUUCAAGGAUGGUAAAUGGUACUCACCCAAAUUCAGGGCUUCUCUGUUCACAGUGGGCCCUGGUUCAGCAGAUCGGCCAGUGUUGAUCUUGUGCUGGCACCAGACACCUAAAUACGUGGCUGUCACUCUUGUGAAGAACCAGUUCUUAGCACAUUCUUGACUUGUCAUCUCAAUGCUUUUAAUACUAUGAGGAAAAGUCCACAAACAACCAUAUCAAAAUUCAUCAUGUUGAACACACAGAUCGGUUUAAUUAACAUAAUCUGUAUUUUCUGACAUGGUACACGCAAAAUGGUUUUUAAUUUACAUCCCGCACCUUUUAUUAGAUGAUAACAUUACAACUUGAGAAAGUCUCCGUAUACAUGUCUUGAGAUGAGGCUGUAUUGUGUGUGAUCAACUUAUCUUUAAACAAAGUCCUAUGACUGAAAAGCAGGGAUUUGCAAUGAAAAUACAUAAAACUAAAUGAAAGAUGUUAUAUAGGAAAUUCAAAAUAUGUGAAGUCCUGGAAGGCUGCAACUUGUAAAAUUGUACUCUUCAAUUCAGUAGGAUAGUAGAAAACUUGUGAUUUCACUGCAGUGUCUCACAUCCCAUGGUCCAAAUGUAUUUGUUCUGUGGAGUAAUUUUCUAUUCCUUUGCUGGUAUGAAAUUUUACAAAGUCAGAAGUAAUUUUUAAUUAGUAACCUUUCUUACAAAGUUGCUUUAUGGUUUACAGGUAAUACUGAUGCAAAAAGGAUAUGUUAACUUUCUUAAAUUAAGUAACACGCACUUUGUUUACAUGCUUCCUUAUAUUGUGGGGUAACUAACCAUAGGGCCGAUCCUUUCUCAUGAGCACCAGACCUGUGCUUUGGGGACACGUCGCCAUUGUGCUGUUCUCUUGUACCAAGGAUCAGUGAAAGUGUUUUAUCUUUUUUAUGUAGUUUGUAUUGACUGGAUUUUAUAACUGUAAGAAAACAGAAACAGAGUGUUGUAUUUUGAUCUGAAAUUUGUGUAUGGUAAAGUAAUUUUGUUUUAUGUAUUGGAAGUUCGUUUAAAACUUGAAAUAUUUUCUAGAAGGGUACCAAACAAAGUGAAUCAAUUGUCUCUAAACUGUUUAAUUAACCUAAUAAAAUAACUUGAUGGGGAAGGCA